GAUAUCACGGUUUCUGAUCACACUCUACAGGAUGAGGCUGGGGAUUGUGACUUUCCUAACGUUGAUAAACAUCGCUUUCUCUGAGGAUGAUUGCAAUGUUGGCUCCUGUUACCCAUCUCUUGGAGACUUGCUUGUGGGUCGCAGCAGUCAGCUCUCCACUUCCUCCACCUGCGGCAUGACUGGGCCUGAAAUAUACUGCAUUCUAAGUCACUUGCAGGAAGAACAAAAGUGUUUUACUUGUGAUUCAAGAUUAGAUUUCAAUUCUGUCAGCUCUGCCUUCAGCCAUCGCAUUGAAAAUGUUAUCACAGCUUUUGAACCGGAUCGGAAGAAGAAAUGGUGGCAAUCCAAGAAUGGUGUGCACCAUGUCAGUAUUCAGCUGGAUCUGGAAUCACUCUUUCAAUUCAGUCAUCUUAUUCUUUCCUUUAAGACUUUCCGUCCAGCGGCAAUGCUUGUGGAGAAGUCAUCAGAUUAUGGUCAAACAUGGAAAGUCCUGCGAUAUUUUGCAUAUGAUUGUGCUCGCUCCUUUCCAAAUAUUCCUACUGCACCAGCACAGAGAGUGAACGACGUUAUAUGCGAAUCAAAAUACUCUGACCUUGAACCCUCUACAGAUGGAGAGGUUGUUCUGAAAGCACUGGAUCCACAUUUCCAAAUCUCUAAUCCAUACAGCCCAGAGAUACAAGAGCAAAUAUCGCUUACCAAUCUGCGGAUAAAUUUCACUCAACUUCACACCCUGGGUGAUAUACGAUUGCGGAGGCAAGCCAGACCCGAUGAAAAGUACUACUAUGCUCUGUAUGAAAUGGUCGUUCGAGGAAGCUGCUUCUGCUAUGGACAUGCCAGUCACUGUGUUCCAGUUGAUAACAUCAGAGGCGAUGUUUUCAGCCAGCAGGGAAUGGUUCAAGGAAAAUGUGUCUGUCAACACAAUACAGAUGGCAUAAACUGUGAAAGGUGCAAGGACUUGUUCAAUGAUUUACCAUGGCAACCAGCUGUUGGGACGGUAACAAAUGAAUGCAAAGAAUGUAACUGCAAUGGACAUUCGGACAGAUGUCAUUUUGACACGGCUGUGUAUUUGGCCAGUGGACAGGUCAGUGGUGGGGUCUGUGAGGAAUGUCAGCACAAUACAAUGGGUAAUAACUGUGACCAGUGCAGGCCCUUCUUCUACCAAGACUCUGGGAGAUCAAUUUCUGACCCAUAUGCAUGUGUCCCCUGUAACUGUGAUCCCGAAGGCUCAGUGAACAACGGGAUGUGUGAAAGUCACUCAGAUCCAUAUCUUCAUACCAUUGCCGGCCACUGUAUCUGUAAAAGAAACGUUGAAGGGAGAAGAUGUGAUCAGUGUCGGUCUGGGUACUUUGGCCUAAGUGCUGGUAAUGCUGAAGGCUGUGAGGAUUGCCGGUGUGACACACGAGGCAGUGUAUCAUCAGAAUCAGCCUGUGACCCAGUCACUGGAGAGUGCCACUGUCUACGAACUGUCACUGGAAGGAAUUGUGAACAGUGCCUGCCGACCUACUGGGGACUUGGUAAUAGUGUCUAUGGUUGUUCCCCCUGUGACUGUGACAUUGGAGGGGCCCAUGACAACAUUUGUUCCCCGCAGGAUGGGCAGUGUCGAUGUCUACCCAACAUUAUCAGCCGUCAAUGUAACGAACCAGCGCCUGGUUACUUUUUCCCUCUGCUGGAUUACUACUUGUAUGAAGCUGAACUUGCGCGACACUUAGGCAGCGGUGCUUCUUCCACGGUGAGGCCAACGUCUAUGCCUUUGUGUGAUCAGUAUUAUCGACAGCAAGGCUACAGCUUCCGGGUGGAUCAAGGCAGACUAAUACUUGAGAAGAUUGCCAAACGUCAUCUGCGUCGACAGAGGAAGAGGCAAACAGUGAAUCCAGAUUUCCAGGUACAGAUUGUUUCCAGGGAAGCUACUCCUGAUCGACCUGCUACUUGGACAGGCCUGGGAUUUGCCCGUGUACCAAAUGGAAUGGGAUUGCAAUUCACUAUUGACAAUAUUCCAUAUCCAAUGGAUUUCACAGCUGCCAUUCACUAUGAGACAGAGUCAACAGAGGAUUGGAGAGCCUACAUUCGCAUUCAGCCAAGAGAUCAGCAACAAUGGAGCCAGUGCAGAAAUAACUUGCCCUCACAGGAUGGUUAUACACUCACCAUGCCAGGCACAGCCAGAAUAGCAAUUCUUCAAACCCCCAUCUGUCUGGAGCCACAAGUACAGUAUAUUGUGGACACUUACUUCAAUCACUUCUCUUCUCGGACCAGCAAUCACAUCUUGAUCGAUUCUUUGGGUUUGAUUCCAAGGAUUAAUUCCCUAGAGAAUUUUUGCACUGAGUCAGACUUGAAUGAGUACAGAAGAUACGAAUGUGUUGAGAUUGCCUCUCAGUUGGGAACCCAGACCCUGCCAGAAGUGUGUGAGAAACUGAUAGCCAGCAUGUCUGCUCGAAUCCACAAUGGAGCUGUUGCCUGCCGCUGUGACCCUGAGGGGUCAAUCAGUCCCAUUUGCAGGAAGUUUGGUGGUCAGUGCCAGUGUAAGCAGGGUGUGAUCAGGCGAUGCUGUGACUCCUGUGCACCAGGAUUUUACGGAUUUGGGGCCAAUGGCUGUUCAGCCUGUUACUGUGACCAUCAGGGAUCUGUCAAUUCCAUCUGUGAUCAGGUCACUGGACAGUGCGGUUGCCGCAGGAAUAUUGUUAAUCGUGCUUGUGACCGUUGCCGGCCUGGAUAUUAUGGAUUCCCAAACUGUCAGCCCUGUCAAUGCAACGGCUAUUCUGAGAGCUGUGAUCCUUGGACAGGGGCCUGUCAGAACUGCAGGGCCUUCACCACUGGCCCUAACUGCGAGCGAUGCAGUGAAGGCUUCUAUGGAAACCCUACUUUAAAUGAACCUUGUCAGCCCUGUCGGUGCCCUGAUAUUCCUAACAGUGGACACUAUUUUGCCCAUUCCUGUUAUGAAGACCCUCAGAUUCAACAAUGGAUUUGUAACUGCCUUGAAGGCUUUGCAGGAAUUCACUGUGAUAGAUGUUCCCCUGGCUUCUACGGAGAUCGCUGUCUGCCUUGUAGCUGCAAUGAUAACAUAGACAGAAGAGAUACAGAGGCUUGUGACCAGUGGACUGGCGAGUGUCUGAAAUGCCUGUACGAUACCUAUGGAGAAAACUGCCAGCUGUGCAGGCCCGGAUAUUAUGGGUCAGCAGUGAACAAGGAUUGUAGAGAGUGUUCUUGCAAUGGCAUUGGAGUUGACAGAAGUCACUGCCUUCCCGGUGGUUUAUGUACGUGUGACCAAGAGACCGGUCACUGCCCAUGCUUGCCUUCUGUGGUAGGAAGAGACUGCGAGGAAUGUGCUCCAGGUUUCUGGAACCUGACCAGUGGAAGAGGGUGUGAACCUUGUCACUGCGACCCGCAGAAUUCUGCCAGCUCUCAGUGUGAUGAGCUUACUGGACAAUGCCAGUGCAAAGGUGGCUACGGGGGGAGGACAUGUUCUGAAUGUCAGGAUAAUUAUUUUGGCAAUCCAAAGAUCCAGUGUAACCCAUGUAACUGCAACUUUGGAGGUACUAAAAGGCCUGCAUGCAACAAGACAACAGGAAUCUGUAACUGUCGUGAAGGGGUAACAGGAAAACACUGCAACAAAUGUGCCUGGGGUUACUGCAAAGAGUUUCCAACAUGUACACAGUGUCACCCUUGCUUUAACCUGCUGGAUGAAGAGAUUUGUAGCCUCAUCCCAGUAAUAGAAGGACUAUCCAACAAAAGCACAGCACACAGCAACAAACUAGGACCUUCCUAUGACAAACAGUUGAAAAAACUCGAAAAGAAAAUUGCUGAAGUUGCCAAAAUUCUGAACAGCUCAGUUGCUUCCCCUGAAACAUUUGAAAAGACAAAGGAUUAUUUUGAAGAGAUCAGGAAAAUCCAAAUGCAGAUUGAUCCAAAUGUGAAUAUUUCCAAAGACACGAAGGAGCUUAACAGAGUUAUCGACGAUAUUAAUACGGAAGUCGACAAGCUCAAUAAGGAAUUGAAUCGCUUGAAACAGAAGCCAGCAAUAAGGAAUGUGAAUGGCAACUUUGAAGACAUUAAAAUGUUCUACCAAAUUUCAAAAGACUCUCAACAGAAAGCAAAUGUUUCGGAAUUAGUGAGUAUCUCAGAAUCUACAAGAAAGGAUGCAACUGCCUUGUUAAACAAUACAUUAUUGAUUUAUAACAACGAACUUAAUGCAUUGAGGCAAAAAACUGAACUUUUGGAUUUGACAAAGGCAAACAACCUGAUAUGUGGAGCUCAGGGUAACCUGUCCUGUGAUAAAGAUCCAUGUGGAGGAGCUUUAUGUCAUGAUGAUUUUGGAAAUAAAAUAUGUGGUGGCCCAGCCUGUAAUGAUUUAUUGUUUACGGCAAGCGUUACAAAAAACAAAGCUGAAGGAACAAGUGAUCAGAUGACCCAACUCCUUAAUAAAAUGCUGAAUACAAUAAGCAAGCUUGAUUCUAUCAGAAACAGAACACAAGAAACUAAAGAGAAGGCGACCAAGUUAUUAGGCAAGUUAGGCAAAACCAAGGACGAACUUGAAAGGGAAAAGCAAGAAACUAAAGACAUCAUCAGAAAAGUGAAAGAGUUUCUCACAGCUGAUGGUGUUUCUCCUGAGGAUCUUGAAGCAAUUGUGAACCAUGUCCUUUCCAUCAAGUUACCCGUUACUCCUGAGGAAGUGAAGAACAAAACAAAGCAAAUUCAGGACAUUCUUUCUGAGAUUAAAGAUGUUGAUAAAGAAGUGGAAAGGCUAAAUAACCGCUCUCAAGAAGCAAAGUUACUUUUGAAGCGUGCAAUGAAAGCUGAGAAAAGAGCUCAAGAGAUUCCAAGCACAAAAGAACUGCAGAAAGAACUGGACAAGAUAAAAGAAGUACAACGAAAUGUUAUAGGAACAGUGAAUAUAAUCACAAGGGAUUUAAAUAGUGCAAAAACAAAAAUUUCACAGGUUAAUGACAAAAUCAAAUCAAUUUCUGACAAUCUCGUGAAUCUCAUGAACAAUAUAGCUAAGUUUCAAAAUGACAUUGAAGGACUAAGAAACAAGACAGAAAACAACAAGAUAGCAAGUAAAAAGGCAAUGGAAAAAGCGAAUGAAGCCAAGACGAAUGCUGAUGAGGCCGAACAAGAAUUUAAAACAUUGAAUGAAGCAUAUGUGAAAUUAAUCAAUCUGAGCAUACAAGAGAUUCCAAAGGAUGGAAAACAAAAAGCAGAAGAAUUACUGCGAGAGGCAAGUGAUCUGGCAAAAGACUUAGAAAGCAAACUGAGGAGGAUUACAGAACUGGAAGAGCAGAUGAAGGACAGAAAUAGAAAACUGAAAGAGAACUCAGAUUAUUUGUCCAAAUUAGAAGAAAAUGUGACAAGUAUUAAAGAGUUUAUUGAGGAGAAGAUCAUCUUCUACAAUAACUGUCUACCAUAAUCAAGCAGUAGUGCACCUUUUUAUUGUCAGUUUCUCUUCGUAACUUUUAAAAUUUAAGCCUUCUCAAAAUUUUGAGUAAAAUUCUUUAAAUAUAACAAGAUGAGAUUUCAUGAGAAUGGGCUUAUAUUCUGUUCUCUGCAACUGAAUCACAAAAGCA